UCCACGCGGCUGGAGAAGCCGGCGCUCGCAGCCCGGCCCGGGCCGCUGCCGGAAGUGACGCGAGUUCACCUGCCGAGCGGGGGCUGGGAGGAGGGGCGGAGGGUGCAGAGGUGCCGCCGCCGCCGCGAGCCAGUCGGGAGCGCGCGAGGCGCGGGGAGCCUGGGACCCGGAGCGAGAGCCGCCUACCUGCAGCCGCCGCCCACGGCACGGCAGCCACUAUGGCGUUCCUGCUGCGCUUCGUGCUCCUGUACGGAGUCGUGGAUUUCGCCAGAAGUUUGAGUAUCACUACUCCUGAAGAGAUGAUUGAAAAAGCCAAAGGGGAAACUGCCUAUCUGCCAUGCAAAUUUACGCUUAGUCCCGAAGACCAGGGACCGCUGGACAUCGAGUGGCUGAUAUCACCAGCUGAUAAUCAGAAGGUGGAUCAAGUGAUUAUUUUAUAUUCUGGAGACAAAAUUUAUGAUGACUACUAUCCAGAUCUGAAAGGCCGAGUACAUUUUACGAGUAAUGAUCUCAAAUCUGGUGAUGCAUCAAUAAAUGUAACGAAUUUACAGCUGUCAGAUAUUGGCACAUAUCAGUGCAAAGUGAAAAAAGCUCCUGGUGUUGCAAAUAAGAAGAUCCAUCUGGUAGUUCUUGUUAAGCCUUCAGGUGCACGAUGUUACGUUGAUGGAUCAGAAGAAAUUGGAAGCGACUUUAAACUAAAAUGUGAACCAAAAGAAGGUUCACUUCCAUUACAGUAUGAGUGGCAAAAAUUGUCUGACUCACAGAAAAUGCCCACUUCAUGGUUAGCAGAAAUGACUUCAUCUGUUAUAUCUGUAAAAAAUGCCUCUUCUGAGUACUCUGGGACAUACAGCUGUACGGUCAGAAACAGAGUGGGCUCUGAUCAGUGCCUGUUGCGUCUAAACGUUGUCCCUCCUUCAAAUAAAGCUGGACUAAUUGCAGGAGCCAUUAUAGGAACUUUGCUUGCUCUAGCGCUCAUUGGUCUUAUCAUCUUUUGCUGUCGUAAAAAGCGCAGAGAAGAAAAAUAUGAAAAGGAAGUUCACCACGAUAUCAGGGAAGAUGUGCCGCCUCCAAAGAGCCGUACGUCCACUGCCAGAAGCUACAUUGGCAGUAAUCAUUCAUCCCUGGGAUCCAUGUCUCCUUCCAACAUGGAAGGAUAUUCCAAGACUCAGUAUAACCAAGUACCAAGUGAAGACUUUGAACGCACUCCUCAGAGUCCGACUCUCCCACCUGCUAAGGUAGCUGCCCCUAAUCUAAGUCGAAUGGGCGCGAUUCCUGUGAUGAUUCCAGCACAGAGCAAGGAUGGGUCUAUAGUAUAGAGCCUCCAUACGUCUCAUCUGUGCUCUCUGUGUUCCUUUCCUUUGUUUGAUAUAUGAAAACCUAUUCUGGUCUAAAUUUUGUUACUAGCCUCAAAGUAUAUCAAAAAAUAAGUUAAUCAGGAACUGUACGGAAUAUAUUUUUAAAAAUUUUUGUUUGGUUAUAUCGAAAUAAUUACAGGCAUUAAAGUUAGUAAAGACAAGUUUACCAUCUGAAAAAGCUAGAUUUUCUUUAAGAGGUUGAUUAUAAAGAUUUCUAAAUUUAUCAGUACCUAAGUAAGAUGUAGCACUUUGAAUAUGAAAUCAUAGGUGAAGAAAUUGGUGAACUUACUUGCAUACCAAGUUGAUACUUGAAUAACCGUCUGAAAGUGGUACUUGAUAAUUUUUACCAUUAUUUUUAGGAUGUGUAUCUCAUUUAUUUAUGGCCCACCAGUCUCCCCCAAAUUAGUACAGAAGUAUCCAUGACAAAAUUACACAUGUAUGUUUGUACUUGUUUUUACAGCUCCUUUGAAAACUGCGUGUUUGGAAUAUCUCUAAAAACACAGAAAACACUACAGUGGUUUAGAAAUUACUAAUUUUACUUCAAAGUCAUUCAUAAACCUUGUCUAUGAAAUGACUUCUUAAAUAUUUAGUUGAUAGACUGCUACAGGUAAUAGGGACUUAGCAAGCUCUUUUAUAUGCUGAAGGAGCAUCUAUCAGAUUAAGUUAGAACAUUUGCUGUCGGCCACAUAUUGAGAUGAUACUAGGUGCAGUAGCAGGGAUAGAUUUUGUUGGUGAGUGGUCUCAUGCCUUGAGAUCCGUGGUGGUCUUCAAAAUGGUGGCCAGCCAGAUCAAGGAGGUAGUAUCUCAUAGUUCCCAGGUGAUAUUUUUCUUAUUAGAAAAAUAUUAUAACUCAUUUAUUGUUUGACAAUUAUAGACUGAAAUUUCCUAAUUUAUUCUAAAUUUUAAGUGGUUCUUCGGUUUCAGUGCUUUAUGUUGUUGUUGUUUUUGGAUGGUGUUACAUAUUAUACAUUCUAGAAACAUGUAAUCCUAAAUUUACCCUCUUGAAUAUAAUCCCUGGAUGAUAUUUUUAUCAUAAAUGCAGAAUAAUCAAAUUCAUUUUAAGCAAGUAAGUGUCCUCCAUCAAUUCUGUGUUCCAGACUUGGGAGGAUGUACAGUUGCUGUUGUGUGAUCAAACAUGUCUCUGUGUAGUUCCAGCAAAUCAAGCUGAGCUUCGAAAAAGUUUGAGUCUUAGUUUUGUGAAAGUGAUUUAUUCUUAAAAAAAAAAAAAAAAAAAAAGAAAAAGAAAAAAAGAUAAGAAAAAGGAGUAAAGGGACUACUCCUCCUUGCCAAAUGUGCUAAAUAUCAUUUUAGGAGAAGAAAGUGGAUUUAUUGUAUUUCCCUGAAGAUUGUGAGGGAGUGUGGAUAUAGUAGAAUGAGCCAACAGUUUCUUUAUAAUAAAUAUGGUCUGCAAUAAAUUAUUUCACUAGCUCUAAAACCUUUCCCUAGAUUUUAGUAGGGAGUUGGUUUCUGUUAAUAUCUUUGGGUGCUGUGGUGGUAAAUGCUACAUUAUAAACGGUGGCAUGUAUUUACAGUUAGAGUAUUGUGUGUACACUUUUUAAUGGUAAACUUAAGCUGAAUGUGUAAUGGAUUUGUGUAUAGUUUUACAUAUUUGGAAGCAUUUUAAAAAUAGGUUUUAACCUUACAUAAAAUUACUUUUAUACUUGUGUUAACAUUUUCAUCUGUGCCUUUUGGGUAAUUUAAUUUCUGUUAUGAAUUUCUGGUGCCUAUGAGCUAGCUAUCACCUACCUGAAAGGUGCUUAGAGGUGAAGGUACUGUUUCUAAAAACACAUCACUGUGAUACCUUUCUACCCUCACAUUUUCAAGCUUGCCUCUUUUCUGUUCUUUGUGGAUAUAACUUAAGCAAUUGUGUUAUUCAUAAAGAUUUAGAAAUUUCAAUAUUCCCAACACUCUGACUAUGUUUCUGGUUUUAUAACAGUAGCCAUUUUUGAAUGUCAGAUGUUUGGCCUGUUUUAUAUGAAUAAAGUUUAUUUAUAAAAUAUUAUAAAAAUAAGUAAAUAAACAGAACAUUAAUAA